AUGGCCGACGAUACAUCCUCCGUCGCGGCAUCCACAUCCACGCUCUCUCCCUCGAAACUUUGCUCAAAAACCUACAAGAAAGCUUCACAGCUAUUUCUAACCCGCCGCCUACAAGAAGCGCUCGUUUCUCUACAACCUGUUAUCACUGCGAGCCAGGGGAAUGAUGAGCAUGAAGUAAAUGGUGAUAGCUCGGGAGCGCCAAUUGCGACAGUUGCUCCGACAUGGCGGAUCAAAGUUUGGAACUUAUACGUUACGCUUCUAAGCGCCAUUAUUGACCUGGGCCCGGAAGAGGGAAAGAAGACAAUUGGUCAAAAGGAAUGGAAGACGAUCUCCACACAAGUUCGCGAUGGAGGUAUAUGGGAAACAGUCGUUCAGACCGGCUACCAAGGGCGAGAAGGAUCAGUGGAUGCAGAGGUUGUAUACAACUUAGGUACUCUUCUCCUCAACCAUUCUCCUUCGCAAACCGUCAAUCAGCAACGUCUUGAAACAUAUCUCUCCUCAUAUGGACAACCAAACCUUGAUAUUGAAGAACACCUAAACUCCCCCACCGCUUCACAGAGAUUGAAUGGCGGCACAGACACACCCAAAGACCUUGCCGCGCGUGUUCGACUAAUUGAACUAUUUACCCUCCAUGUCCUUCCCAGGAAUGAAGAGUGGGACUACGCUCGCGAGUUCAUCAAUCUCAGUGAGGUUCUCGAUGAGGAACGGAAGGAAGUUUUCCUUCAGACGCUGGACGGACUCAAGGAAGAGAAAGAGCAAGGAAAGCUCCGUGCCGCAGCACUGCAACGCGAGAAGGAUGCCGAGCUAGAGCGGCAAAUACAGGAGGCAGAACGUCAAAAAGCUGAGGACGCCGCAGCAGCAGAGCGAGCUGCUCAACAAAAGAGCCAUAAGCGCAGCGGCAGCGAAGUGGACUAUGGGAUCGAGAAACCCCAUCCGAAUGGGACUGCAAGGGGCAAGAAGAGCGCCGAUAAGAAUGGAAGCAGCAAAUCUGGCUCAUCAUCAUCGCGAACAGCCGUCUCGCCUCCCAGCUCGAAGAACGUCAAGAAAGCAGAGAAGCCUGAGACUCGGGCAAGGCAGUCGCAGGCGCUCGCAACCGUGCUCCGGAACCUCGUUCAAUACUUGGGCAAAUCAAUAUCAAACAAUCCUCUGUGGUUCGUCCGUUCGUUGCUCUUUUUGCUGGGUCUCAUCUUCGCCCUCAACAGACCAAAUGUUCGUGAACGGAUUCGGAAGAUAGUUGGGUCAGGCUGGCAGAAGGUCAGAGGGACUGUCGGCAUGGGCGUGAAGGUGAGCUAUAUUUGA